AGAAAAAGGAAAAUAAUAUCAAGACGUCGAAUCCCUGCCAGUCUGAAGAAAGAAAAAUAUGGCUACCAGCGAAGAAUUCUGUGACGCCCACGGCGUGACCACAGUGAAGAGCGACGUGGCGACGAUAUCCCUGCCCGCAAGAUUGCCACAAUUUUGGCGGCAAAAUCCCCGCCUCUGGUUUGCGCAAUUCGAGGCAGCCGUCGCCGCCAGCAAGAUAGGAGAGGAGCAGAAAUUUAACCUCGUCGUACCACUGCUCGGCAACAGCGACCUAGAACAGAUCGCCGACAUCAUCCUUAACCCCCCAGCUACCGGCAAGUACAGUACGCUAAAAGAACGGCUAAUAUCCACGUACCAAGAAUCCGACCAUCGCCAGCUACAGAAGCUACUCAGUGGCCUCGAGCUCGGCGACCAGAAGCCCAGUCAGCUGCUCCGCAAGAUGCGUGACCUCAGCGGCAAACUCCUGUCCGACGAAGCACUAAAAGUUAUGUGGCUGAAUCAUCUUCCUGCACAAAUACGCGCCGUAAUCUCCGUAAACACCGAGUCGUCACUUGAAAUGCUAGCCGCCAUGGCUGACAAAAUGAUGGAGCACUUCGAGCCAACUUCCAUCAACGCAGUCUCAACAACCACAACAGCGUGUCAAGAAAACUUACAAUUCGCCUUACUAUCGAAGCAAAUAGAAAAACUUUCCCUAGAAAUCGCCGAACUCCGUACGAACCAGCAAAGCGCGGGAAACUACCGACGCUACCCGCGCUUCCCACAUCGCAAUCGCUCACGCUCGCAAUCACGAUCCAGACAGCGUGGGCAGAGUAAUAUCAAGCCUGGCGACCCGAAUUGGUUGUGUCGCUACCACUACCGAUUCGGCGACGAAGCACGCAAAUGCGAACCACCGUGUGCGAAGAAGCGGGAAAACUAGAAAGUACAUCUACGUUGGCGGGCGUCGAUGUAAACCAAACAAGCCGCCGACUCUGCAUUAUCGACACUAACUUACGAGAGAAGUUUCUUAUCGACACGGGAGCCGACAUAUCUGUCCUAUCUGCAAGAAACAAGAAACAUUCGAAGCCGGCGAAGACAGCAUACAAACUAUUCGCAGCAAAUGGCACCGAAAUUCGCACCUACGGAGAGCGCACACUCGAGCUCAACCUAGGUCUGCGAAGACGAUUCAGGUGGACUUUCGUUGUAGCCGACGUCAACACAUCGAUACUGGGUGCAGACUUCCUAGUACAUCACCAACUACUAGUCGACUUGCAUCGAAGAAAACUCAUCGACCGCGUCACCGAACUCAGUGUAAAUACGAUCAAGAUCAACAGCUCCGAUCAAGAAACAGUCUACACAGUGAACCGGGAUCACGCCUAUCACGACCUACUAAAGAAAUAUCCCGACGUUCUGCGACCUAUGUCAUUGAAGACUCCAGUGAAACAUAACGUGACUCACCACAUCGAGACAACAGGACCACCUAUAUACUCACGUGCGCGACCUCUACCGCCCGACAGAUACAAAGCAGCGAAACUCGAGUUCGAACAUAUGAUGGAGAUGGGUAUUUGCAAGCCGUCAAAUAGUCCUUGGGCGAG